AUGUUCAUACUGGUUGCAAGUCCUGUCCAAGCAGCUGAUCCAGACCCCCUCCAGGAUUUCUGUAUCGCAGAUCUUAGUCAGGGGUCAUUUUUCAACGGCUACCCGUGUGUCAUUGCACCACACACUCACAACCUGGCCACUGAGCUUGUGUUCGUCACAGCGGGAGAGCUGUAUAUUGGAUUCGUGGCCAACAGUGACGACGUCAGCGCUCCCAACAAGCUGUUCGCUGGGAUGGUGAAGGCCGGAGAGGCGUUCGUCAUCCCCAGAGGCCUGGUGCAUUUCCAGAUGAACAACGGAACGAUCAAUGCUUCCACAAUCAACUUCCUUAACUCUCACAAUCCGGGAAUCUCAUUUCUCCCUCUCACUCUGUUUGCAGCCCAGCCAGCUGUGGAUCCGGCUCUGCUGGCGAGGUCUUUCGCAGUCGAUCAAACUGCACUGUCUGAUCUGGCAGUUUUCUGGUCGCCAUUCAGCAAUGUGUUUGUGUAA